AUGAGCGCAAUAUCUGGAGAAACCAUGAAGAAGAAGAACUCUCAUCAAUAUCAAAUCCUCGCUGAGGAUAAAGCACAUAUCGUCAAAGAGAUCAUCAAUAGUUUGCCAAUUGACGAAGAAGACAUGGAAUUUCAAUCACGUCGUUUAGAGCUUUCUCCUACUUCCAGCCGUGCGAAUAUUGGAAUCUCGCAAAUCUCUUUACCACUUGCAUGGAAAACAAAAGAAACUCGCACCUUCUCCAUUUUUCUUGUUUUGCAAACAAGGACACGAGUAAUCGACACAAAAAUUAUUUCGAACAUCAAUCGGCAUACUACUGAUGUGAAUAUUCCCGACUCGUUCAUUUUUGACAAUGAGCCUGAAGACUUUUUUGUUGAAAUAUCCAUUUAUGGAGCACGAACUGAUUACGGACUUGAAACCAGUGGUGGAAGCUUGAGGAAUCGAAUUUCUCGUUCUCUUGGUAGAAAAUUCGGAUCCAGCGUGAAAACCCAGAAUAACGUACAAGAGAUGAAGAAGUCUCCUCAUUUCGAGCAAGCUGUUGGAGGAACCCAUUUCAAUCUUCUUGCUAAGGCGACAUUGGGGAUUACCGAUGCCGGAGAAACCGCCAAUAUCCACAAUUUGCGAAUGAAUGUCUUUGCCGAUUUAUCAGGACCACCACUUUACGGCCACCUUAUUUGUCGAAUGGCAAUUCAACCGCACUCAGUUUUACGACCUAUUGCUGAAGGAGUUCUUUCCGUCCGUCAUACAGAUGAUGAUAUCGAACUGGAGAAUGUUUUCGCAAGACUACAGGGAGGACAUUUGCAAUUUUUCACCGUUGGCGAUAUUUCGAGGCGUUCGAUGGAAACAGUUUUGAUAAUUCCAAUGAAUCAGCGGACUCGUGUAAUGUCCGCUUCAGCUCCAUUAACCCUUCUUUUGAAAACCGAAGAAACUGUUGAUGUUCCAGCAUCAACAGUAUAUCUUCGCGCCAACAAUCAGAAAGCCUGUGAUACCUGGAAACGAGCAAUUGAGCUGCAAAUCUAUGACAUUGGAAUUUGGGGCAAAUUCGCCACAAAUUCUACUAGCCUUCUCUAUAAGAAAAGAGAAGAUCCUGUGAAAGAAACAUUGAGUAGAGCAGCUGGAAGCAAUCUUUAUGAAACAAUUAGUAUUAAAGGAAGUGUGUCAAAAGCAGGCUUCGGAGGUUUGAGCCUUGUCCCAUGCGGACAAGAAGACUACGGUGCUCGUGCAGCGACUGCUCCGUCAAAACAUACCAAGCAGCGGGCGAAUGUUAUUGAUCUUUUCCAGAGCCCAAAGGCAACACGCAAAGAGGAAGAACCAUCGUCGUACGUGAUCCAAUUGAAUAUUGGUGAUGAUUCAGCUGAAAACGAGUAUUCCGCAUAUUCCCCAUUAUGUAGCUAUUCGAACAAGCAUAUGUCGAGCCUUAGAGUUAGAAAUAAUGAUUACAACAACAAGGAGCUGAAAAAAAGUUGGUCAAAGGCUAUCGGAAACAUGAUUGGUCGUGGUUCUACUCAAACAACGAAACUCUAA